GCCACGCGUCGGGGUCAGCCUUGCCAUGGUGGCGUACGGGCAGGCAGCUGGAGGCCGCUCCUGGGCCAGCGUCGCGGCGUGCGGCAAGGCCAAGGGCAACUGGAGCUACUGGGUCUGCUCCAGCGGCCAGUGCAGGGAGUGGAACUGGUGCUCGCUCUGGAAGUGUCGCAGCUGCGGCCGAGUGGCCCCGCCUUGGGUCAAGGCAGCCCAGCCGCCCGCGGCUGCCGCUGGCCAGGAGCCGCCCGUCGCCGACGCCGAGGGCUUCGUCGUCCAGCCCCGUGGGAGGAAGGCGAGGCGCCAGGCCAAGCGCACUGCUGCCCGCGCGGCCAGCGCGGGGGCCGCCAGUCGGGCAGGCGUCCGCGAGGCCAGCAGCGUGCAGCCGUCGGCCGUCAAGCGGCACCGCCAGGAGGGCAAGCGCAUCGAGGACUUCCUCGCGGCCCCUGGCGGGUCCAUCGGCGAUGGGCGCCUGCAGUCGCUGCGCGGGGCCCUCGACCGCGAGCGUCGCAGGCUCUCGGCAGCCGAGGCGGCGCUGGCGGAGCGCAGGAAGGCCGACAUCCCCCUGCCCAAGGCGCUCCACGGCGCAGGCAACGCCAUGGGGAAGCUGGCCAGGCAGGGGCGGGCCAAGGGGCAGGCGCUGCUCAAGGCAGAGGAGGCCCACGCGGCAGCCAUCGGAGAGCGUGAGGCGGCCAUCGCGCGCGAGGCCGCAUGCGCUGAGGCGGUCGAGGAGUGCCGAGCUGCUCUCGAGGCUCACCGCGAGGAACAGAGGGCCGCAGAGGCCAGGCAAGCCAAGGAGGUCGGCGCGGCCUUCGUCGGCGCGGACUUGCUCGGGAUGGUAUUCGGCCUCAGCCAGCAGGUCGAGGCCUUGCCCCAAGACUUCGCCGCGGGCAACGGGGAGGCCGCCUUCGCUGAGGUCGCCAAGCAGAUCGCAGCGGUCCGCAGGCAUGCCCCCCCCGAGGCCAGGGGGCGCUCAUCCUGGGCCGACACCCCCCUCGACGUCUCGGACGAGGACCUCGACGGAGCCGCUGACGGGCGGGUGGCCGAGACCCUCGACGGGCGCAGCGAAGCCAUGGUGUCAAGUGACCAGAGGACGAGGAUGACGGCACAGGAGGCUUGCAUUGGCAAGGCUUGCCUCGGGCCGCAGCCUGCCCCUGAGUCUGACCCUCGAGGACCUUGCCCCCUGCGUGCUGGCCUGGAGGUCCUGGGCUGCAGCGGUAACGUCUGGAACAGGAGCGUCGAGGUCCUCGAGGAGCGCCUUCCUGGGGCCAGGGCGCUGGCACGCCGCCUCGGCUACACCGCCUUCUUCCACGAGGCGGUGGCCACGGACCAGCCUGGCCCGAACGCCACGUCGGGCGGCGUCGCGAUCCUGGUGAGGGCUGGACUCCAGGCCGAGGAGUCCGCAUGCCAGCUCCCUGCGGCCCUGCGCCACCGCCUCAUCGGCGUAGAGGUGACGGCGCCGUCGGGCCUCCGCCUCCUGGCGUUGGCUGGGUACUUCCAGCGCUCCUUGGGCCCGCGGUGGAUCAACCUCGACCUGUUCUCCUCGGUCUCGGACCUAGUGGCAUUCUCGCUCGACUUGCCCUGGGUCCUCCAGGCUGAUUUCAACAUGGAGCCCGAGCCCCUGCAGGAGUUGGGCUGGCCUGCAGCGGUUCGCGGUCAGGUGCUCGGACCCUCUGAGGCGACCUGCUGUGCCCAGGGCUUGGAGCACGUCUACGACUGGUUCGUCGCGUCGUCCGACCUGGCCACGUGCACGGCGUCCUGCGCGACCACGCUCAAAGACUUCGGGCUGCACCCGCACUCUCCUGUGCUGCUGCGCCUCCAGGACGUCAGGUGCGAUGCCCUGGUCGAGGUGCCCUCCCGUCCUGCUCGGUUUCCAGCGGUGGAGGUCAGAGGCCUGCGCUCCCGCGAGGACGCCCUGGUCCAGGCCUUCACUGUCGGCAAGCGCGGGAAGGUGUCGCAGAAGGAUGUAGCUUGGUCAUGGGCUCAGGGUUCGCGCCCGACCUGUCUCUCUGCUGCCUUCGGCGAGUGGAUCGAGGCGGUGGAGGGCACUCUCUCGGGCAUCCACGGGAUUGCGCCAGGCGGCCUGCCGCGCUACCUUGGGCGAGCGGCAGGGCCCAAGACCAGGCGCAUGCCCUUCAGCGCGCUGGUGCAGCGCGAGGCCAGGUUGAAGUACAGCUUGCUGACCCACCGCCUGAGGAGCUGCCUAGCGGUCGCCCUCCAGAGGCUUCGCGCCGAGCAGGCCAGCAGGUGGCACCCAAACCACUCUUGGUGGUAUGAGCAGGAGGCUGCGGCGAGGGCGAAGCUCCUGGACGCGGCGACCCAGGAGGAGGCUGGUCUUCGGAGCGCGCCCCUCCCUGGAGCCUCCGGCGAGAAGUGGGGUGACCUCGCCUUCCACGCGGGGGUGAAGGGCUGCCCCACGGCGAUCGCCAAGCUGCAGUCGUGGCUCCUGGCGUCCCAGAGGCGCGACGCCGCUGAAGGUGCUGCCGCUUGGCGCGGCUGGGCCCAGGCGGCGGUGGAGAAAGGAGGCCGCCUGGCCCACCGCUUCUCCAAGGCGGCUCCCACGCCUGUGGUCAGGGACGCCGACACAGGGAGGCCCCUCGUCGGCAUGGGCGCCGUGGACCAGCUCACGCGCACGUGGCAGCGGCUCUGGCUCCAGGAAGGCUUCUCCAGCGGA